UCGGACUGAAGUGGACAAUGAAGUUAUGGGAUAGCCUAACCACUUGUUUGAUACUGCUGAGUGCCGUGCACGCCAGCUCGCUGCUCCGGAGCCUACAGCAGUCCACGUCCACCACCAAGAGGAGAGGGCGCGCCGCCGAGAGUCCCCUGGAGCUCCCGCCGGUUCAGAUCCGCCUGUCUGUCACUUCCCCGGGCAUCAGCCGUGCUCAGGCGGAUACAGCAGACUGGGAAGAGAGGCUGGCUGGAGGAGAACAAUACACCAUGGAGGAGCUCUCCCUAAACAAGUUUGAAGAUGUGGUGGACUUCAUAAAAGUGACCAUUAGUAGAAUACGGCGCUCCUCCUCAUCCACCGUGUCCUCAUCUACCUCCUCCACCACCUCCUCCCCAUCCAAAGAAAACUUGAGCAGCCGGACUCGACGAAGAAGGGAGAGGAAGAAGGGAGCUAGUCAACAGAGUGGUAAUGGUGGAAGAGGAGGAGCUAGAGGGGGAGAGGCAGGGAGGAAGAGUAGGGGAAGAGGAGGAAAUGGACGAGGACAGGGCUGUGUGCUCAAACAGAUCCACCUCAAUGUGUCGGACCUUGACCUGGGCUAUCGCUCCAGCGAGGAAAUGAUAUUCAGGUACUGCUCUGGACCCUGUAGGAAGUCUGAAACCAACUACGACAAAAUCCUUUACAACCUCGCUCACAACAGGAGGCUUCCACCAAAAGACACGCCCCCUCAGGCUUGCUGUCGGCCAAUAGCUUUUGACGAUGACCUCUCGUUUCUGGACGACAACCUUGUCUACCACACCGUGAGGAAGCACUCUGCGAGGAGGUGUGGCUGUGUGUAG